CUAACAAAGUAAGCAGAGUUUGAUAUCAUAACUACCUGAUGAUGCGAUACGACGAUCAAACAGCAAAUUGACAUUAAAAUAAGCAAAUGAAUGGUUAAGCACAGAACUAUUAAAGCCAUAACUGAGGAUCGUGAGCAGUUGGAGGUGAAAAUAGCUAACCAAGCUCGUACCUUCUAAAAACAAAAGACAAAAUGAAGUUCGACGACAUUCUGAAGACGGUUGGUGAAUUUGGACGAUAUCAGCGGCGUCUCUAUAUCAUUGUGAUCAUCUUAAAGUUCUCAGUUUCCUGGGCCUCACUGGUAGUAGUGUUCCUCAAUGCAUCUGUCGACCACUGGUGUGCGAGCCCCGAAUGGACUCCUGGAUGUGAGCAGUAUGGACUUUCAGAAGAAGCUUGUGAACUGGCCCAGAAGGAAGGUAGCAUCCCAUCAAAUUACACGUCAGAUGGUGAGCUGGAGUACGCACAAUGUGAAAAAUAUAACGUGUCAGGAGUGGGAUUCUGGCCUGGGAUUGAUCCAGCCAAUUACAGCAGCGGAACGAUGUCAUGUGAUAGUGGAUGGGUCUAUGAUGACAGCCAAUAUAAGACGACGACAGUGACAGAUUUUGACCUUGUAUGUGGCAAGGAUGGCCUCACCCAGGUAUCUCAGUCUAUCUUCUAUGGAGGAUUCUUAGCGGGUUCUAUUUUCUUCGGCAUCCUUUCAGAUAUCAUUGGACGGUGGUGGUGUCUUCUCAUUGCGAACGUCAUCUCACUUGUUUCUGGAACUGCUCUUGCCUUUUCGCCCAAUUGGUGGUUCUUUGCUACCAUGCGUUUCUUUAUGGGGUUCGGUAACAUUGCUUUCAACCUUAUCCUGUAUGUCAUAGGUACCGAGUUUAUUGGGCCAUCUAAACGAAAUUUAGUUAUGUUAGCUGGGAUCAGCUACGCUGUUGGAUACAUGUUCCUUGCUCUGCCGGCAUACUACAUUCGAUCAUGGCGUACAUUGCAACUGGUCGUGACUGCACCUCUUCUGCCCAUGUUUAUCGCUUUCAUAUGGCUGCCUGAGUCUGCAAGAUGGCUUAUCUCUGUCGGGAAAUACGACAAGGCCGAAAAAAUUAUCAACAAGGUGGCCGAAGUCAACAGGGCCGAGCUCCCAAGCCCUCUUUUCACCAAAGAAUACACGACAGAGCAGGAUGAGAUCCGCAAGGCCCGUAGACCUACGGUAGUUGAUUUGGUUCGUACACCGAGAAUGAGAAUGAGGACAAUUAACAUGGUUUUUAUAUGGAUGGUGAAUUCGAUGGUUUACCACGGCUUGUCUCUGAAUAGCUCAAAUCUCGGCACCAAUGACUAUGUUGCAUUUGCUAUUUCUGGUGGCAUCGAGAUCCCAGCAUACCUUGUCGAUAUUGUCAUAGUCGAAGUUUUUGGUCGAAGGCUUAGUCUUUUCUUCUGUAUGAUGCUGGGAGGGCUGGCUUGUCUCUCAACUGCCUUCAUACCCCCUGGCGUUGGCCUAACGACCGUGGCUAUGAUCGGAAAGUUUGGAAUAUCUGGCUCAUUCACCAUUAUCUAUCUCUACACUAUGGAGAUUUACCCAACGAACAUCAGAGGCGUCGCUAUCGGCAACUGUUCUAUGUUCAGCAGAAUAGCAGGCAUAUUAGCUCCUCUUGUUCUCCUCCUCAGCAAGUAUUGGGACCCCCUUCCUCUUGUUAUCUACGGGUCUUUAUCCGUCAUGGCUUCUCUGGUUGCCCUAGCCUUGCCCGAGACACGAGGCAAGAAACUCCCAGAGACGCUGGAAGAAGGAGAACGAUUUGGCUUGAAAGAUGAUAUUGAUGAGAACUCCGAGGAACGAAAAUCCCAGGAUGAAGUUUACGAAGCUCAGGAAGAUAAAGACGUAUCGGAUGAGUUUAGAGACAGGAAGGACAUCACAAAUGGAGUCACUCACGACAAUCCCGUAUUCCAUAUGGAGGAAGAGAAAUAAAAGACCCUCUUAUCUCUUUACGCCUUAUUCUAAUAUCACGCGGCAAAACCGCGGCGGCUUUUUCUUUUUCUAUACUGACGUAAAGUACAGUGCGU